AUGAUAGGUUUGCUGAAGAAACAUGGAAUCAUUCACAAGGUGGUGACGGCUUACCAUCCCCAAACCAAUGGACAAGCCAAUGUGUCCAAUAGGGAGAUCAAGUGCAUGCUGGAGAAGAUUGUCAAACCUCAUAGGAGGGACUGGAGUACUAGACUUGCAGAUGCGCUUUGGGCUUAUCGAAUUGCAUAUAAAACACCCAUCGGCAUGAGUCCGUUCUGCCUAGUCUACAGAAAGGCUUGUCACCUUCUGGUAGAGGUGGAACACAAAGCUUACUGGGCUGUGAAGGAAUGCAAAUCAGGAUUUGGAGGAGCCAGAAUUGAAAGAAAGUUGCAACUAGAGGAAUUGGAGUGUCUUUGA